GCUGUUUUCCCACAGUCCCAGCCUCCAGCCUAGGUGAAUGUAAGCUGAUGGGGGGGGGCAGAUAGGGGCUUCUGUGUCAAAGGUACUACAGUAGACUGUUAGAACGGACACACAGAGGGCUCUGUCCUCUCUCUAUAAUAGCAGGCUUCCUCUCCCUUCAGACCCCACUGAGGCAGUGGACCCACACUACAUUGAACCAACCAACACAAGCAGAAUGCGUGUAGCCUGUCUGUUAGUGCUGUUCCUAUUGGCCCUGGUGCAGCUGGGAGGCUGUCUGCUGCUAGGAGCCUUCAACAUUAAGACAUUCGGAGACAAGAAGUCCUCCAACUCAACCCUCAUGGACAUCAUCACUCAGAUAGUGCACCGUUAUGAUAUCGUGCUGAUCCAGGAAGUAAGAGACACUGACCUAUCAGCAACCAACAAACUGAUGCAGCACGUCAACAAAGGCUUGUCUCCCUAUAGGUACCGUCACAUUGUCAGUGAGGAACUGG